AUUAAAUGAACUCUCUAGUUUUAUAGACAGUUUCUUCAUGAAUAAAUUAUGUAAAAGUGUCAAAAAUUAAAUUAAAAAGAGUUGAAACACUUUGGAAAACAAUUUUGGAAUUAGUGUGCUGCUUGAGCUUUUAAUAAAAUUCACGGUACAAUCGUUUUUGAAAAUAAAAAUACAUUUAGUUUCUUUUUAUUAUUAAAAGUUUAUCGAGUAAAAUGAAUAUUUUCAGGGCAGUAUUUGUUCUAUUUCAACUAUACAUACACGACAUUGACGGACUUGUAUUUGCAGGAUACAGUGUUGUUACCCGACAAGAGGGUAUAAGUUCGCUAGACAGGUAUCGAUGUGCUGAAACUUACGUCGGGUUCGAGUAUAUUGGGCACGUAUUAACGCCGGACGGCGUGUGUACGCCAGUCCAGUAUGGACGGUCAGACGUAAUGUCACCGGGCUCGGAAUAUUUAAAGAAAACAUGGAAUUGCAAUGUCUUUGACACUCCGAUUGCAUUGUUCAAAGUAAAUGAUAACAAUUAUAUAAGGUACGACGCACCAAUACCUGGUGAACUGGUAACCGGAAGUAGCAUUGAGGUUGUAUUUAUACCCCAGGAGCCGUGGAAUCAGAUUGUUUUAAGCCUUUUUGACGACAGCGAAUCAAAUAAUGUCCUUCAUACAUCUUUCCGGAGUGACUUACACUUGAUCCACUUCAAUUCUAUAGUAUCUGGACAAUGGGCGGACAUGAAACAUGCUAAUGGCGUCGAAAUUAAGUCAGGCAGUGCUGCAACGUUAACGGUGGAAAUUCUUACGGAUACAUUAAAG